CCGGCCCGGGUGGCCCAGGCCUGCCACAACCUCGCAUUGGGCGCUCGCCAUGGCGGCGGCUGCCGCGGAGACGCGCGUGUUCCUGGAGAUGCGGAGACAGCUGCAGAGCGCGCUGCUGAUCGUGGGAGAACAGAAAGAAGAAUGUAAAUCGAUGGAUAUUUUUAUAACGCCAUCCGCGCUCCAGAUGAAAACCCCUGAAAGCUGCACAGACAUCUGUCUUCCAGCAGAGGUCAGGCUUGUACCUUCUUCCUGCCGGGGCCUGCAGUUCGUGGCUGGAGACGGACUGCACCUGCGGCUGCAGGCACAGGCGGAAUUCAGCACGAAGCUGACUUCAAUGUUUAAUCAGAGCUCACGAGCACAAGAAUGUUGGACAUUUUAUUGCCAGUCCUGUGGGGAAGUCAUAAUAAGGGACAGGAAGCUCCUUAGGGUGCUCCCACUGCCGAGUGAGAACUGGGGAGCUCUAGUUGGAGAAUGGUGCUGUCAUCCUGAUCCCUUUGCUAAUAAACCACUUCAUCCACAAGAGAAUGAUUGUUUUAUUGGAGACUCUUUCUUCUUGGUGAAUUUAAGAAGUGAUUUGUGGCAGCCAAACCCUGAAUUAACCCCAGUGGAGAAGCACUGUCUUUCUUCAGAGAACCAUUUUAAAUUGAAACCAAAGGCAAAUACCAAAGUAAUUUGUAAACGUUGCAAGGUAAUGUUGGGAGAGAGCGUGUCAUCAGAAACGACUAAGUUUUAUAUGACAGAGAUAAUUAUUCAGCCAUCUGAGGGAAAUUUUUCCAUCAUACCAAGGUCUCAGUUUGUACAGAGCAUUAUCACCCAGUGUCUGGUGGAAAUCUCCUCUGCGAGAAGCACUUUUAGAUUCACUAUUCAAGAUGAAGAUGGCAAGGUGUAUAUCUUGCUAUGGCUUUUGAACUCUGACAGUUUGGUGAUUGACUCUUUUGGAAAUUCUAAAAGUAUGAAAAAAUUCCCCCUGUUGGAAAACAUAUUGAAGACAGAUUCCAGUUCUGCUUGGAAUGCUGUCAAGGUCCUCUACCAACCAUGCAUCAAAAGAAGAAACGAAAAGCUUGCCAGCUCAUGGGAAGGUGACAUCAGUGUCCACUCUCUAACCCUGCCCUCUGCCACCUGCCUGGAGCUGCUGCUGAUCUUAUCAAAAAGUAACGCCACUCUACCUCCAUCCCUUCGCUAUAUGAAUUCCUUUCAGAAGAAAGCAUUGUGUUACUCACAGGGCUUUUCUGACUGGAGGGGAAAACAACAGCCUGGGAAGGAUGCCAGCUUUCAAGGAAAUGAGGGAUUGGAAGGUGAAACUGUCCUAAGCCUUGAAUGAGCCUGGUGAGUCUCCUAGUAGACUGAUUGCUUCAGCAAUAUGAGAAAAUGUGUUGCAGCAUUAGGUCAAAGGAAGUAUGGAAGAAGGAAGAAGAAUGAAGUUAUUUUUAUUUCCUCUGGUUCUCGCUCUUUGCACCUGUUUUGUGCCAAAGGUAGGGUGGAGGCGUGGGGAACCCUGACAUGGAGGUGGGAGAAAGCUUUAGGUUCUGGUCAUCGCUCAUAUGACACCUGCGACCAGUCUGACUGGGCACACAUCACUUACCUAUCUAAAUCCCAGUUUUCUCAUUCCUCUAGCUCAAAAAUCUAAGUGUCCUAAAUUGAAGGAUUACUAGAAGUGUGAGAACUUGUGAAUUAAGCUAGCGGAAGAAGAAAUGCUAGUGUCCAGUCUAAGGUUAUCAUCCCUUUAAAGAUCAGCUCUCUGCAUCUUUAUAGAUUAGAAGCUGGAAUGAGAUUGCAGAGGCUUCAUUAUGUCAAAGCAACAGGCCAGUUUUGUUAUAAUAACUUCAAACAAUACACCAGAGGCCAUCUUGUAUUCUACAUAUUAAUCAAACUGCCUUAAAUUAUUGAAAGCGCACUGCCAAAUACAUAAAACUGUAGCUGGAGCCAUAGAAAAACUGGCCCGGUUAAAUUACCAUGAUG